UCAUACAUCGAAACCAGAUUGGAAUCCAGACUAGGCACCCCCAUUCCACACCAAACCGGCCAGAUCAAAGAAAAUCAGAAAAAAACAAAAAUAAAAUCACGACCAUGUCCCCCACGGAAUUCCCGAAAUUAUCAAACCUCACCGCCCUUCUCCGAGCACAAACCGCCUCCCCAUCACCAUCUCCAUCCACCACAGCUGGAAACCCCACGCUCUAUCGAUGCCCACCACAAACUCACACCCGCCUCCAGCACCUAAAUGUCGCAGAAGUAGUAACUCUCUUCACGCCCUUCGUCCCACAUCCACCCAACACCACUCUCGACAAAAAUAUGGACCCUUUUGAGCCUCUCGGUCGCGCUGUCCAUCGGCCUGUUCGCCACAUCCCUUACCGUCUCGAUCACGGCAUGACGGAGACGCACGGCGACUUCUUAUCUGCUAGUGGCGCUAUCAUGCUCGUCGUAUGCGCGGCUGCGAACGUGCGCGCUGUUUACCCGCGGGCGUUUGAGCAGCAGGUGCGAUUCUGCAGAGAUGUCGUUGAGAUGGUGGGUCGUGGGGGUCAGGCGAUGGAAAGCGUGCCGGUUGUUCUCGUGCUUAUUUCUGAGGAAGGUACCGUGAGACAGAACUUUCUGGAUCAAGUCAGAGAUUUCGAUGUAGUCUGUUGUGUAAAUAGUUACCAGCCGAUGGCGUUGGCAAAUUCUGUGAGGAUUGUAUUUGGGCUAUGA